UAACCAAGGCGAAUAUUUUUCUCCUGUUUGCAUUUGAUGUUUGUACUACCACUUGCUGCGCGUGAGCAUCACCACAUAUUUAUUUUUUUCUGGUGGUGUGGACAUCUGUCAACGACAGACAUUCUAACAAACAACACGGGAUCUCAAACUGCCUAUAUACAGCUUUAAAGAGGGAAUGUACUGAAGGAGAAUAAUUGAAGAUUAUCGUGAAUUUGACGAUCUGGAGCACUGGUUUAAUUAUAAGACGAAUUGCUCUUAUUCCCGCCGCAUUUAAUAGGGAAUAAAAAUAAUGUGCGCUUUAUGCCAUGUAAACAAACGAGUGCUCCCAGUAACAGGGCAUUAAGGAAUCGGGUUUGGAUUUUUCAUGUGAGUGGUUUACAGGAUUUCUGCAGUUCAGCAAUGGAUUUACAUUAUCAGCUUUCAUCAGUGUUGCAUAUAAUAAGGAAAUCGGCGAGCUGAAACUUAAUUUUUAAACUUGUAGUAAUCUACCAGGAUUCUACUGUUUAGUUUACAAAAGAAUUCUGUCGCAUUAGCCUUUUCAUGGAAAUGCUGUGAACCAUUUGUUGUGGGAAAGUAACUUGUGUUGCUUUUGUUUCAGUGUUCCUUUUUCAGUGCAGUAUGUCUGAACUGUGGUAAUUGGUAUUAAAAGACCUUGGGAAAAUAAUCUCUAUGGAUACCCCUUUGCUGGAACAAAGUAUUGGUCAGCCAUGGUAAAACUUGCCAACCCUCUUUAUACAGAGUGGAUUCUUGAAGCAAUACAGAAAGUUAAAAGACAAAAACAGCGACCGUCUGAAGAAAGAAUAUGCCAUGCAGUGUCUGCUUCUCAUGGAUUAGAUAAGGGAACUGUUCUUGAGCAGUUGGAAUUGAGUGUGCAAGAUGGUUCCAUUCUUAAAGUUACUAAUAAAGGGCUUGCAUCCUACAAAGACCCAGAAAAUCCUGGAAGGUUUAGCUUGGUCAAGCAGGAUACUUUUCCAAAAUUUGUGAAAGGAUGUACUAGAGCUGCUAAUGAUCUUUGCAAUGUGGAUUGGAAUAAGUUAUUAAAAAGAGCUAUCGAAGGGCUUAAGGAACCCAGUGGUUCCUCUCUUAAGAAUAUAGAAAAAUAUCUGCGAAGUCAAAGUGAUUUGGCAGAUAUUACUUCCAGCCUAAUUUUUCAACAACGUUUACGGCUGGCAACAAAGCGUGCUGUGAAUAAUGGGAGAUUAUUAAAAGAUGGACCACUUUAUAGAGUCAACUAUGGAAGUUUGGAAGGAAAGGGAGCUGCUCGAUUUUCUUGUGCUUCCAUAUUGCCUCUUCCACCAGUUAGCCUUCUGCCCCAUGAACAAGAUCAGCCUCGAGCCGAUCCUAUUCCAAUUUGUAGUUUUUGUUUGGGGACAAAAGAAUCAAAUCGAGAAAAGAAGCCAGAGGAGUUGCUUUCCUGUGCAGAUUGUGGCAGCAGUGGGCAUCCAUCCUGUCUAAAAUUUUCUUCAGAGUUAACAGCAAACGUGAAAGCCAUACGAUGGCAGUGUAUAGAAUGCAAAACAUGUAGCUCUUGCAGAAUACAGGGUAAAAAUGCAGACAACAUGCUCUUCUGUGACUCAUGUGAUCGAGGGUUCCACAUGGAGUGUUGUGACCCACCACUUUCCAGAAUGCCAAAAGGAAUGUGGAUUUGCCAGGUCUGUAGACCAAAGAAAAAGGGAAGAAAGUUUCUUCACGAAAAAGCUGCACAGAUAAAACGGCGAUACGCAAAACCUGUUGGACGUCCCAGAAGUAAAUUAAAGGAAAAAGUGCUGUCUGUCACCAACAGUGAAGAAUCCACGUGUACGUCUACAGGAAGAGGGUCACCUGGUAGGGGUCAAAAGACUAAAGUCUGUACCACACCUUCAUCUGGUCAUGCUGCAUCUGUGAAGGACUCCAGCAGCAGAUUGGCUGUUACAGACCCCACUCAGGCUGGUGCCACCACCACCACCACUACCUUCACCUUUACUUCAGUCUCUACUUUUAACGUUAACAAGAAAACCAAAGGUCUUAUUGAUGGCCUUACUAAAUUUUUUACACCAUCACCUGAUGGUCGCAGAUCACGUGGUGAAAUCAUAGACUUCUCAAAGCACUAUCAUCCGAGGAAAAAGUGCCCUCAGAAACAAUCUUGCACUUCUAACUCCAGUAUGUUGGCUACAGGUACCAGUCAAAAACUAAAACCCCAACCCUCUGCACUUCCACCCCCUACCCUUCUCCCUGGUCAGAGUCCUAGUUCCCACAAAUCCAGCACUUCCAAUUCUGCUAACUCUCCCCAAAGCUCUUCCAGUCAGUCAAGUGCACCUUCCCUUAGCAGCCUUCCUAGUAACAGCCAGCUAAAGGGACUGUUUGAUGGACUUUCUCAUAUUUAUACCACUCAGGGACAGUCUCGACAAAAGGGACAUCCCAGUUAUGCACCACCGAAGCGUCGGCGUCAUAAGCCUGAGUUGUCUUCCUCUUCAAAAUCUAAUACCCUUUUCUGUGGAAAGAAAGAUAAGAGAAAUAGGUUAAUUUCCCGAUCAUCCUCAUCUGGAUGGGGGUUGCAUAGAGGAUGUGCUUUUAAAUCAGUUUCUCACUUCAAGCGAACAUCUUUUCUUAAAAAGAAAAAGCACAGGAUACUAGGGAGAUUAAAGUAUAAAGUGACCCCUCAAAUGGGGGCCCCCUCUCCAGGGAAGGGGAGCUUGGCAGACGGAAGGAUUAAAGCUGAUCAUGAUGAUGAUACUGACGCCUCAAAAAGCAUCAAACAGGAAACAGAAACAAGUGUGGUUGGCAGCAAGGAAACUCUAACUGAAGAGGACUUGGAAAUUUUCAGGAAAGCCCAGGAGCUCUCACUAGAGAAACUAGGUUGUUUAAAUAUCACAGAACAUCAUGGAAGAUGUCCGGCAGCAGUUGAAUUUGGGAAGUAUGAAAUCCAAACCUGGUAUUCUUCACCUUAUCCACAGGAAUAUGCAAGAUUACCAAAGCUUUACCUGUGUGAAUUUUGUCUUAAGUAUAUGAAGAGUAGAAACAUUUUACUUCGACAUUCAGAGAAAUGUGGUUGGUUCCAUCCACCAGCCAAUGAAAUCUACAGAAAAGAUGACCUGUCAGUAUUUGAGGUUGAUGGAAACAUAAGUAAAAUAUAUUGCCAAAACCUUUGCCUAUUAGCCAAACUAUUUUUGGACCAUAAAACCCUGUAUUAUGAUGUUGAACCAUUCCUGUUCUAUGUUCUCACCAAAAAUGAUGAAAAGGGCUGUCAUCUUGUUGGAUACUUCUCCAAGGAGAAACUUUGCCAGCAGAAGUACAAUGUGUCCUGCAUAAUGAUUAUGCCCCAGUACCAAAGGCAAGGCUAUGGAAGGUUUCUCAUUGAUUUUAGUUAUCUUCUUUCCAGAAAAGAGGGGCAAGCAGGAUCCCCUGAAAAACCACUGUCUGAUUUGGGUCGCUUAUCCUAUUCAGCUUAUUGGAAAAGUGUUAUUUUAGAAUAUAUGUAUUUUAACAGGGAGAAACCAAUCAGUAUUAAGGGAAUCAGCAGGGCAACUGGUAUGUGUCCGCAUGAUAUCGCAACAACUUUACAGCAACUGAAUAUGAUUGAUAGAUGGAAUGACAAGUUUUUUAUUAUUCGAAGAGAGAAAUUAAUAUUAAGUCACAUGGAGAAGGUUAAGGCCAAUCCACGUAUGAACGAAGUGGACCCAGAGUGUCUGAGAUGGACUCCAGUAGUAGUUUCAAGUGCUCCUGUGUCUGAGGAAGAGAGAGAAGUAGAGAAAGAGGCAGAACUGUUUUUGGAAGAGGCUAACUACUGGGAGAAAGAAGAGCAAGAAUUCAGCAACUCAAGACCAAACUGUAUGCAAAUACCUGAAAGAGCACACUUUAAUAAGUAUUUACCAGCUUCUCAGAAUGCAAAUGUAGUUACAGACCAGUAUAAAAAGCAGUUGAAGGAGACCAGUGAAGAAGAUGAAGAAAGUGGACAGCAGAAUAUUCUACCCAAGCUGACAAAACCCCAGUUACUGGGGAAAAGGAGGAAGAAACUUCCAAUCGUUAAAACCAGGGGUCGCAAACGUAAGAGAAUUAACAGCAGUGUUACUACAGAGACAAUUUCUGAGACUACAGAAGUAUUAAAUGAACCCUUUGAAAAUUCUGAUGAUGAAAGACCAAUGCCACGGCUUGUGCCUCCUGAGGUUGAAGGGAAUGAAGAGAAGGACUUUAAGCCAGUCAUUAAAAGGUUUUAUAGGCGCCAGCGUGGUAGGCACAGGCACAUUAACAAGCAGGAAAAAGACAGUCACCGACCUGAUGAUGAAAAACUUGGUGCCGAUUACUGUACAGCUUCUUCAAAGGAAACUACAAAGGACAAUCCAGAACCUGUAAAGUGUAAAAAAGGUUGGCCCAAGGGAGUAAAGCGUGGACCACCCAAGUGGAGACGCAAGAAGGAGAAAAAAUAUGGCUUCAAACUGAACCUGUAUACUCCACCUGAAACUCCUUUAGAACCCGACCUCCAAAUGGCUUGUGAAGAACAGAAGGAAGUAGCUGAUGAACAAACCAAAGCUCAUGUUGAAACUAAGCAGGACUGCAGUAUGAUUCUAAAAGAAGAAAAAUCUCAGGUAACUGAUUCUGCAAAGGUAUCAUCUAAAGUUCAGAGAUUUGAAGACAUUACUGCUAAAUCAGAGGAAAGUGAUACUGUGAAUGAAAAAUCUGAAGAUGAAGAAGAGGAAGCAAGAUCAGAAAUGGCUAACAACCUUGAAGAAAGUCACAGUAAUAAACAGCUAUGCAUAGAACAAAGGAAUGAAGGACUUGUAGCAAAGGAGUGUGAUAAGUCUAGCAAGGCGGUGGAUCGUGAAGAGGAUGAAGAGGAGGAGGAAGAGCCAACUCAUAAUGAUGAUCAUGAUGCAGAUGAUGAGGAUGAUGGUCACCUGGAUUUAAAUGAAGCAGUAAAGGAAGGCAACUUGGAAUCACUCAGUGUAGUACAUGAACAACAGGAGGUUUUUUUAGACAUGAAUGUUCAAGGCACUGCUUCUGAGCAUGAUAGUGUAAUGGAGUGCACAGAUAAUCUUGCAGCAGAGUCAGAAGAAGAACAUUAUAAUGAGCCCACUGCAGAGUCAGAAGAAGAACAUUGUAAUGAGCCCACUGCAGAGUCAGAAGAAGAACAUGAUAACGAGCCCACAGUUGAUUCAGAACAUGUGCUUGAAUCUGAAGAUGAAAAUUCGGAUGACCAAGAUCAAAAAGACAAUGAACAAUUUAGUCCUGAAUUUAAAGUCAGUAAUCUAGAUGCUGAGGUCGAUACAGAGACUGCACAAGCAGUUCAGUCUCUGACUCAGGAGAACAGUGAAGACGAGGAAGAGGAGGAGGAGGAGGAGGAUGAAACUUUCCAAGACUGUGCAGAAACAGAGGAGGCAUGCAGGAGUCUUCAGAGUUAUACUAGGACAGUUCAAAGCCCCCAGAUGCAUACCACAGAUCACUCAAACAGCAGUAGUCCUGAGUCUGUCCACUCUCACCCUAGCCAGUCUGUGCACUCUGUUAACAGUCCAGAUAUUCCAACUCUGGAUGGCAGUUAUACACAGAUUAGUCCAGAUCAAAAUAAUAUCUCUGUGCCGUCUCUACAAAACUUGGAAACCAGCCCAAUGAUGGAUGUUCCAUCAGUUUCAGAUCACUCACAGCAGGUUGUGGAUAGUGGGUUUAGUGACCUAGGCAGUAUAGAAAGUACAACUGAAAACUAUGAAAAUCCUAGUAGUUAUGAUUCAACAAUAGGAAGCAGUAUUUGUGGGAAUAAUUCAUCUCAAAACAGCUGCUCGUAUAGUAACAUCACAUCUAGUAGCCUUACUCCGAGUAGCUGUGCAGUUACGCAACAGAUGGCAAGUGUUAAUGGGAGCUGUAGUGUAAUGCAGCAGAAUAACAUCAGCUCUCCUUCAAACUGUAGUGUUAAAUCUCCUCAAGGAUGUGCCGUUGAAAGACCCCCAAGCAGCAAUCAGCAACAGCAGCAGCAGCUGUCACAGUGUAGUAUAAAUACAAACUUUACACCAUCUGUGCAGUUGAGUGAAAUUCCAGAGACUGGUAAUGCUAACAUUGCCGUUUAUGAAAGGAUGGGACAAAAUGACUUUGCAGCAGGGCAUUAUGCUCAGCCAUCAGCCACAUUUAGCCUAGCUAAACUGCAGCAGUUGACAAACACAUUGAUGGACCAUUCUUUGCCUUACAGUCAUUCAGCAGCAGUUACUUCCUAUGCAAAUAGUGUCUCACUGUCCACACUGAGUAACACAGGGCUGGUCCAGCUGUCUCAGUCAGCACAUUCUGUUGCCGGUGGCCCACAGACUCAAUCAACAGUGACCCCUCCACCUAAUUUGACACCGCCACCUAUGAAUUUGCCACCACCUCUUUUGCAGCGGAAUAUGGCAACCCCAAAUAUUGGACUCACCCACUCACAGAGACUGCAGACUCAGAUGACAACCAAAGGACAUGCAUCUGUGAGACCGAAGUCGUCAUCUCUGCCAUUGACAGCAGCAGUUCAUUCACAACAGAUCUAUGGGCGUCCUCCUCCUAUGCAGACACCUGCACGAACUUUAUCUAUGCAGCGCAGCAUGAAUAUGAGUGUAAAUCUGAUGCCAACUACCCCUUAUAAUGUUAAUUCAAUGAACAUGAACACGCUGAAUGCUAUGAAUGGUUAUAGGAUGCCUCAGACUGUGAUGAAUGGUGGCUACCAUGGCAAUCAUAGCUACAUGAAUCAGGCACCACAGUACCCAGUGCAGAUGCAGAUGGGAAUGAUGGGAACGCAGCCAUAUGCACAGCAGACAAUGCAGGCAACUCCACACAGCAACAUGAUGUACAGCCCACCAGGACAUCAUAGUUAUAUGAAUACUAGCAUGUCAAAACAGUCUUUAAAUGGAUCAUAUAUACGGAGGUAGAUUACACUAUUUUGGCUAUUUAUAGUACUGAAAUUGCCAGUCAUUUAAAAUUGCACAGGGAUGACUGGAAUAAUGGACUUUUAAUUUUAACAAUUAGUACGAUUGCUGAAAACUGUGUGUAUGUAGGUGUGUGAAUGUAUACAUGUGCGAGUGUGUGUCUAU